AUGAAAAUUGCUUGUUUACAAUUUGCUCCUCAAGUCGGAGAUGUCGAGAAAAACCUUAGUCGGGCAGAUGCGGUACUCAGUAAAGCAAAUUCGGAAGACAUCGAUCUAUUAGUUCUACCUGAGAUGGCUUUUUCAGGCAAGUCUCGUAUUCCAGAUAUUUUCAGUGACAAUGAUCUUUCGGAUUCACGAUUAACCAAUUAUAUAGGCUACAACUUUUCCUCGCUGAAACAUAUCACUCCUUAUCUCGAGUUUGCUACUUUUGGUACCACAUCAUUGUGGGCAAAAAAGACAGCUCUCAAGCACAAUUGUAUAGUUACAGUUGGUUAUCCAGAAAAGGUUGAUCCUUGUUCAAGUGAAUCAGCAAAACCAGAGUACUAUAAUUCUACGCUCACCGUGAAUAAGGAGGGAAAGAUUGUGGCUAACUACCGAAAAUCAUUCCUGUACUAUACGGAUGAAACUUGGGCUCAUGAAGGGUCUGGCUUCUUUAAUGGUCACAUUGAUGGACUAGGGAAUGUAGCAAUUGGAAUUUGCAUGGAUCUAAACCCAUAUAAAUUCGAAGCUCCAUGGAAUGCUUAUGAAUUUGCCUACCACGUACUUCACAAACAAGCAAAUAUCGUCAUGUUAUCAAUGGCUUGGCUUACAAGAGAGGAUCAGAAGUCUUUUGGUCUAUUAGCAAAAGAACCUGAUAUGGAAACAAUUUCGUACUGGAUCGCCAGAUUGGAACCCAUUCUUCGAGCCGACGUCACAGGGGAAAUUAUCAUUGUUCUUGCUAAUCGAUGUGGAACUGAACGUGAAGCAACAUAUGCGGGGACGAGCGCAGUACUAGGUAUCAAAAAUGGCGAAGUCAGAGUAUAUGGACUUCUUGGACGAGGCGAGGAAGAACUCUUGAUCGUCGAUACCAACGAACAUCCUAAAGCGAAGAUUGUUUCUCAAGCAAGGUCAGCCCAAUCUAAUUGA